AAGAGAGUGGAGGGAGUGGAAGUGAAUGGAAGGGAACGUAAGAGAAGGGGAGAGAAUGGCAUGGAAUGGAAGGAUAUUGAACAAAAUCGAAGACAAUGGAAGAGUAUGGAAUGGAAUGGAAGAGCAUGGAGGAGAAUGGAAGAGACUGGAAGAAAAUGGAAUCGAUAAAAAUGGAAUGGAAUACAAUUCUUCAUAUAUAGACCAAAUAAAUAUCAAAGGAAAAGUCAGAAGAUCAUUCGAAAUAAUAUAAUGACCAGUACGAAAAUUCACUGCCUGACUGUCUUGCAGAUUCCUUACUGGUACUUACCAUACGGCGAACAUGGAGUAGGAUCGUGGUCUUCUAAAGUUCUUGAUACUUUGGAUUCUAUGAAGGAACUGGCUCCUAUCGCGCUUGAGUGUGUGAGAUCUUUUCAAGUGACUCCACGCUCUGUAUUUACAAUAGCUGACUAUGGUCCUGCCGAUGGAGGGACCUCAAUGGCGCUCAUUUACUCAUGCGUGGAGGAGUUGAGAAAUUUACACGGCAGUGAGCUUGAAAUUUUCAUUUUCUACGAGGACCAACCAACCAAUGACUUCGCAUCUCUAUUUUCCUUACUUCAAGGUUUGAUACCAGGACCUCCGAGCUAUUUUACGGCAUUUCCCAACGUUUACGUGGCAGCAUGCGGAACCCAGUUCUUCAAGCAGUGCUUUCCAAGUGGCUCCAUACACCUGGGCCUGUGCUGUUUUGCUAUCCACUGGUUAAGCAAGGUGCCAUGUAGCUUAGCUAGCGGCUUGUUUCAUCAUCAGUCUCAAAAUCCCGACGAAAGGGAACUUUUUAGUUAACAGGCUGCAGCUGACUGGGAAACGUUCCUUCUUACGCGAGCUAAGGAGUUAUCUCCAGGUACGUUGAAGUUUGGAGGAGCGGAAGCAUAAUGAUUAGUGCGUUGGACUCCGGAUCGAGCAGUACAGGUUCGAGCCCUGUCUAGGGCCUUUGCGUUGAGCAGUGAUCUUG